AUGGAUGGCUCCGGGCCGCAGGCAGCCCCUGACCCCCGCUUCCAGCGCCGGGCAGAAGAUGAGGAUGAAGAUGAUGUUGGUGAUGAUCUUGAAUCACAUGGAGAAAAGAAAGAAGAACUGGGAAGCUACUCAAGAAGAAAAAUAGUCUCCAACUGGAACCGCUAUGAAGAUGCUAAGAAAGAGGCACAGAAUGAAAGUGGAGAAUCUCAGAGAGGAUCAGACUUCAGUGUUCUGCUUAGCUCAGCAGGAGAUUCCUUCACACAGUUCCGAUUUGCUGAAGAAAAGGAAUGGGACACAGAAAACAUAUGCCCUAAACAGUUAUCUGCUCUUUAUGUUGACUGCCAGUCUUUAGUCCAAGCUCUUCAGGAACUGCCUCUACAUCUCAGGCUGAAUGUGGCUCCUGAACUUGUGCAGGCAUCAACACCUGUAGAACUGCCUCAAAUGAAAUCUAAAAGUAUUGAAAUCAGCAAAUGCAGCGAGACUCACUUACGACAACCUUUGGCUCAAAGUGGAAUAAUGCCAAUCUCUGACCCUAUCAGUGAUUCUGUUACCUGUUCUCAAAGUAGAGAUGGACUUGGCAGAACUUCUUUUCUACCCAUUCAGAGAGGCUCUUCUGUACCAAAGCAAGAGACGGAUCAUUUGGAUGAAGAGCUAGAUUUACUACUAAAUUUAGAUGCUCCUGUUAAUUCAGAAAACAGCUCUGUGUCAGGUGCAUUGACCUAUGACGUGACUGAUGAGGCAGAUUUGAAAACCAAUCACAAAGCAGCUGUCCCUCUAAAACUGGAUGCAACUGAAGAAAAAUGUCCAGCAUCAGAAAAUACAUCUAAAACUGUUACUGAGGAAGAGCUUGAAGACUGGUUGGACAGUAUGAUUUCUUAAGGAAUAAUAACUUCCUGAUGCCUACACUUUGUUGUCUUGCAAUUAAUUAAAAAAGAAAUGAAUGUGGCAGAAGUUAAGUACAUAAGAUUAGUUUACAAAAAUUCAAUUAAUUGUUUCAUUUCAAACGUUAACAAUGCUGCUUGCCUAAUUUUAUUUCGGCCAAUAUUUAAAACAACAAAUUAUAGAUGAAUGUUAUCAUCUAAACUAAAAUGACUAACCUUAGCAUUUAGGGUUCAUUAAAGGAGGCUCAGGUAAUUAAUUAAAUCCAGGUUUUUUUGUAUGUUUUCAAAAACCUGUGCUGUAAAUUUAGGCUGCAAAAUAUGCAAAGAGCAGACUGAUUGCUUAAGCUUGUACUUGCUAUCUGUAGUUCACAAAAUAAAAGCAAUGCUGGUAAAUGCA